UUCUCACACACAUUUUUUCUUAUGUUUUGUUUAUUUAUGUACCACAUAUCUCUCUCACUCUUUCUCUCUCAUGAGUCUUUGAAGGAUGUUUGUUUUAUGAACCUAAUGAGAAAAGGUCUUGUUUUUAUUUUAUUUCAUUUCAUUAUUAUUAUUUCAAAUACAAGACUUCAAAUUUCAUCCUCACUUUGCACCUCUACACAUAAUUAAAUCACCUUAAUUAUUAAAUACUUUUUUUUAUGUGUUUCUUUAUUAUUCCUUAAUUUUCUUUCAAGGGUUUCUCUUACUAUAUAUAUAUAUAUCAUCAAUCAAUAGUCAAAAUAAUCCAUAGUAGUAGAAGAUUUAUAUAAACAAAGUAACAACCUCAACUUGAUUGUCCUUUGUCUUAUGAAUCCUCCUUAAUUUGUUUGUUUAAGGUUGAUUGAAAGGAGAAAAAAAAAACCUUUUUUUUUAUGUAAUUUUUUUCUUUCAAUUCUAUAGUUAUAUACUAUAUACUAAAUCUUGAAAUAAUUUCUAAGAAAAAUUAAACAAAAAAAAUAUGCUUAAGAAUCAGAUUCCUGAUCUUUCUCUUAACAUUAGUCUCCCAAAUAGUGCUCCUUCUUCAAUUUGCACUAACAAUACAAAUGAAGGAGAUUUAGAUUCAUCUUUUGAUAUAUGGAAAAAUAUUGAUGGUUAUUUCAAAUCUAAUAGUGAUGGUUCAACUUCAAUCAAAGGUAGUAGUAAUCUUCAAAAAGAUACACAACUUUCAUUAUCAAAUUCAAACCCUCCUUUUGAAGUUGAGAGUCCAUGGAAGAGAAACUUUGUUGCAAGAAAGGAAUUAACAAAUUAUGAGGUUUGUGAUGAGAGUGAAAUAUUAAGAAGACCCUUCAAUGGAAUUCCUCUUUAUAGUGGUAAUAAUUCAUCAAUAAUAGAGAAAGAUUCAAAAUUUUCUCUAUAUGAAGUUCAAAAUCCUUCUUGUGCUAUUAAUUCUUCAAAUAAUAGUUGUGAGGGUUUUAAGCAAAUCUCAAGGUUUAAUGGUAUAACCAUGGAGAGUUUAAGGUCUCAACAAUUUCAAUACUUGAACAACCAUCAUCAUCAUCAGAAAUAUCAUAAUCAUCUUCUACAACAAAAUCAAUUUGGGAGUACUAUUGGGAAUUAUGAAUUUGGAAAUGGAUUUUUGAGGUCAAGAUCAAUGAUGGCAAGGCAACAAAGUAAUAAGAGGAACAUGAGGGCUCCGAGAAUGCGAUGGACUAGCUCGCUUCACAAUCGAUUUGUUCACGCCGUUGAGCUUCUCGGCGGCCAUGAAAGAGCAACUCCUAAAUCAGUUUUGGAGCUAAUGGAUGUCAAAGAUUUAACACUAGCUCAUGUGAAGAGCCAUUUACAGAUGUAUAGAACUGUUAAAAAUACUGACAAGCCAGCAGCUUCUUCAGAUGGAGAUGAAAAUUUCAUGUCAUUAACACCACCACAUAAUCAAAAUAAGAACUAUAAUGUAUCUCUAGAUCAUGAUUUGGGCUACACUUCCAACAAUUUAUGGGCCAAUUCUUCUUCAAGUAAAGGAACAUGGACACAAAAUGGAUCACAUGAUUUUGAUGAGUUUAGUACUCAAGAAAUCCUAUCUUCUCAGCACAUUAAUAAUAAGCUUCCUCAGGGUAUUGUGAGAAGCUUGAAGGAUCAAAACAUAGAUGGUCAGAUUCCAAAUUUGGAGUUCACCUUAGGGAGAUCAAAUUAAUUUUAGUUUUUUCAUGGAUCUCUUCAAUGGCUUUAAUAUAAUAUAUAAUAUAAAAAAUAUUAGUGCAUAUAUAUAUAUAUAAAUAUAUAAAUAGCUAGCUAGGUUUUGCUUUUGUGAAGACGAAGAUGUCACUUUCCACAAAUCUAAGCAAACUUUGUAUAUUCUUUUUGAGCUAAAGAUUUAUUAUAUAAGUGGUGUUAAUUUGUCAUUACAUAAA